CUUUACUUUAGAUAUACAUAGGUUCGGGCGUUUGCUCGAUAGAGGAGGCAUCUUGCACGAGCUGUGUUGUCUUGUGCUUUUGUACUGCAGUAAUUUGCAAUUUUCGUGAUAACGCGAAGGCGCGAAAAUGAACGCGGCGGCACGAUGACUACCACCUCCGCCACGGAUAUGGACGCGGAAGAAAGUCGGUACCGCGCCCAUGGCGCGCUGAUGCUUACCGCGUGGGGCGCGCUGGCGCCGCUGCUGAUCUGCAUGGUGUUUUUGCGGCGGAAGAUCCUCCUGGAAACGGGCGGGACGACGCCGGGCGAGGGACCAGAAAAAGAGAAGCAGAAAGAAUUCGUGAACAAGUUGAUGCUGAUGCACAAGCUCGGGCAACCCGUCACCCUCAUUCUCGUCACCGUGGCCAUCACGUUGCCCUUCAUGGAGAGCCACGCGGCGCACGGACACCUGUUGCGCCGACUCGCUGGCGGCGGCGGCCAUUCCUCCAUGUCGCUGCACGGCGUGAUCGGCUUCCUCGUGCUGUCCCUCGCCUGGGUCCAGCUGUUUCUCUGGCUCGGCAAGAAGUUUUACCUCAAGCAGCCAAUUUUCGCUAACGGUGGGGAGCAGCUGGAGAACUUUGCGGGGGUGGUGAACGGAAAUUCGAAAGUCGCUUCGAGUUUGGGAGAACAAAUACCAGGAGGCGAAAGUACAACGGCGAAGGAAGAUCUGGAGAAGAAUUUGCCAUCAGGAACAGCCACCGGUGCGGCGGUAAGCGCAGCGACCAGCGCCGCGGAAAAGCAGUUUUCGGAAAAUUGGCUCUGGGUGCACCGCGUCAGCGGGUUGCUCUGCCUGCUGCUAGCCUGGUGGAACUUGUGGAGCGGGUCGCACAAAAUCAAGGACAUGUUCGACGUUGAGAUCUUAUUCCACAGAACAGCACUUCAGUACUACACCCAUACCAGAAAAACAUAUGAAUUCGUGUCGCGGCUUGUACUGUGAUUUCUGCUGUUCGGCAUGACUGGUACUUUUCUAAUCGCUUCGCAGCACCAGCAUUCUUACAGAGGUUAAUAGGGGAUGCUGCGUCACAGGAAUGUGCUUCUGUUGUGGUCUCCUUGUUGCAGAACUUCUCCUGGCGCCGCCACAACACAAAUCGACAAACCGGCUGAAAAAGGGUCCUGGUAUGGGCGUGCUUUUCUGUAGAAUACAUCUUUACCCCGUUGGUCAUCGCCUUCAUCGCCGUUUCCGUCAUCAUGCUGGUCUUGUCACGGACAGUCUUGCACAAACUCGUCGUGUGAGGAGGAGUAUAGUCGUGAAGAACCAAAUGUACGAGCGCAAAAAAAUUGAGACGGAUUUUUUUACGCCUGAAGGAAAAAAAUUGUAUCUUCGUAUUUUCAACCUGCUUCUUAAUCUAGUAGUAUACAAGUCGUAAGGGGUGCGUCGAGUUGGUUGCUGGGUCCGCAGGGUCGCUCUCGAAUGCGGUGCACAUAAUGAGCAACUUCAAUAGGUGGACGAGUUAAUUCUGUUUCGAAGAUUGAUUAACGCAGGUACAGUGUAGUGAAACCAAUAACAGCGUCAUGAUUAGCAUUAGUCUCGCCUUUCUUUAUUUGAUUUUCCUGGACAUAUCAAGCCAACGCCGAACGCGUGGGCCGGCAAGUAUCUGCGGAAUUUGAAUAUGGAUCUGCUAUAGGGCCUCGAUUACGCAAACGCGAAUCGUUGCAAUUGUGUGAAGUUGUAGUGCUCUUAUAGUAGUCCGAAAAAUUUUUUGUCGCGGGAUUCCUCUAGCAAAAUUCGUAUCAAUGCUAGUAACAGUAGUAGCAGAGAGGUGUAGAGCCCAUACGUAUUUUUUUUAGGUUUCGAAUAUUGGAACUAGUGGAACUGAUAGACUUUCACUAACCUUGUCACGUCAACGACUGGAAUAUACUUCUCCAGCGAGUGGCUCUUCCUUUUUACAUGUGAGGGAAUGCUUGGUUCUUGUAAGAGUAAGAAUCCGAUGUUCAAUCAUUAUUGUGCAGAUCCGCAAUGCCACCGGAGCAGGCAGAUGCGGAUGAUCUGGCUGAAUAGUCAGAGCGCAGUCUAUAAAACAAAAAAUUAGUUCUAUAGACUCUUAUAACUCCGUAGUUGAGUAAACCUACCUACCUACCUACGAUCCUAGUCCUACUCAUCUGUGUGGUUUCGCCUACUCCAACGCAGCUGUCGGGAUCAAUUUUAAGAUAAUACCAAAAGUGGGCGGCUGCGGUGCCGGGACAAAAUGCAGCGGAACGGC